UGGCCUCCUAGGAGGCUAUGGCCUGAUGACGUCGUCACAUCUACCGGAAGCACGAAGGAACGAAGAAGAAGAAGAAGAAGAUGCAUCGCGCCAGAACCGCUUCGUACCUGUAGCCAGCCUGGAACCACCCUACCAUACUGUCACAAUGAGUGCAACAUCGAAGUCAUGCAUCGAAGACGUACGAGCAUCCCGCCUGGUACGAAUGGGACAAUAUGCCCUCGUAACACUACUCUCAGCUCUAAUGAUCAUGGCUACACUGUUCAGUGCUCUGAUGAGACAGCCAGCUGAACGUGAACCGCUUCAGCAGGCCAGACGGCUCGGCUAUCCGUCCUGCGUGGUCGAUGAACCGGACGACAAACCCAUCAUCUGCAUGUACGAGCAGUCCCGAAUUUCGCACUACUUUCGGGUCAGCAAAAUCCCAGCUCACAUUUGCAGACACGUCGUAUUCUGCUGCGUGCAGACUCAUAACCGAAAAUUCACGGUUGAGGACACCCAGCAGGCCAUGGACUUCGGAUCCCUCCUGGGGCGCCACAUGCCCAGCGCCCGAGGCUACUUGGGAAUCGGCGGCCGCGACGUGGACUACGACGCGCUCAACCUCGAACUUCAAAGCGGGCGCGCCGUAACCGUCUUCAUCGAGAGAUGUAUUACCCUUUCCCUAAACGCCAAACUCGGCGGUGGCAUAGCGUACUUCAUCCCUGACUUCUCGAGAUUUCGGCCCAGAGUGUCGUUCGAGGCGCUCGUCAUGGACACCGCCGUCGCCUUGGCCACCAAAGAAGACCAAAGGGUAAUCGUCGUCUUACCAGAAAGCGCGGGUGAUGUGGUUCGCUACUUUCACCCGGGCAUUUUUAGGUUCCCUAAUAUAUACACCGUCGUCCUCAGUCACGAAAUGGAUCCGAGGUACAGAAGUCCUCCGGUUGCGGCAUGCGCCACCCCGUAUUCCGCGCCUACCCUGGGCAGGUCCCUGGAAGCGGCGUACCGGGACAUGAAAGCGCAUUACCGGAACUAUUGGCAGACCGUGGAACCUGGUCUCCUGUUCAGUUUCUCUUUGGCCUGGUACCAGUUCUUACUUCCCUAUCCGAACGCGUCUGAUGGAGCACCGGCCCGCUACGUCAGGGCCUUGCCGUAUAGAGAUAUCUGCCAUAACUUCGGACACCGGGCGUACGAGACGCACGUCGAUCCAGUGACGGAUUGCGUAGUAGUACGAGACGGGCAGCAGCUGUAUUCCGGCUUUGGACUGUCCAGCGGAGAGAAGUUCCUCAGGAAGUACCGGAGAAUUCGCGGUAUCGCCGUGUUUGAUAUUGAUAUGGACGAUUUUGAUGGGAAAUGUGAACACUACAAUCACCCACUUCUACAGGGGUUAGCUGACGAGCUUGCCGAGGACCCUUAGAUAUAAAUGGGUGGAUAUUGCGAUAGCAGUAUAUAUUGUAAUAAAUUGUGAGUCUUUUUUUCUACCUACGGUACACCUGGUCGUGAGUAUGGACUUGAGUGUGAUUUAAACGUGAGUGGGCAGCUUGCUCUGCACGACAUGGCGCCUUCAGCGAAUCUGCGAACUCUUGACAUAAAAACGUUUGAUGGUCGACUAAGCAUUUGAAUUACCCGCCUAAAGACUGACCCGCUUAUGCUGACCUGCUUAUUGUACAUGGAAGCUUCUCAUCAAGGCAGCCCAGAGCGCACGAUACAUCUUGGGGACAUAUGCAUCAACA